AAACAAAGAUCUUCUCCUUCAACAGUGCAGAUGAAGAAAAUGAAUGAUAGUGAACUGAGGAUUGUUCUGGUUGGAAAGACUGGAGUGGGAAAGAGUGCUGUAGGGAACACUCUCCUGGGGGGAGAGGUAUUCAAGUCUGAGUUAUCGGGUAUCUCAGUGACUCCAGCUUGUCAAAAAGUGAUCAGGAACAUCAGUGGUAGGAGUGUUGCCAUCAUCGACACACCAGGACUUUAUGACACCCAAUUUUCAAAUGAAGAAAUUGCGGAAAAGAUCAAGUAUUGCAUGUCCCUCUGUGCACCAGGCCCUCAUGUGUUCUUGGUGAUUAUUCAGCUGGGCAGAUUCACUAAUGAAGAAAUUGAGACUGUAAAGCUCAUCAAGAUGAUUUUUGGUGAAGACUCUUCACAAUACACCAUGGUGAUCUUCACCCAUGGAGACAAGCUGAAGAAAAGCAGGAAAAGUAUUCAUGAAUUUCUUUGUGAGAGUCCUAAUCUGAUGCAGUUGAUCCAAACCACCAGUAGACGAUACAGUGUCUUAGAAAAUACUGAAAAAGAUCCGAUGCAGGUUAAAAUGGUGUUUGAGCAGAUCGAACAGCUGGUUACUGGAAAUGGUGCACAGCACUACACAAAUGAAAUGCUGCUGAGGGUUGAGAAAGCAAUUCAAGAGGAGAAAUUAAGACUUCAAACAAAAAAGCCAAUGAAUGAAGCUGAGGCAAGAAUAAAAGCAGAAAGAAACAAUGAAUUCCUUAACGCAGCCAUUUCUGGAGUUUGGGACAGCAUAGCAGAAAUACAAAGAAUCUGCAGAGUACAGUAA